AUGGAUGCUUUAUUAGAUGUGAUAGUUAUUCCGGUUAGAGGAAUGACGUGUCAUUCAUGCGUAAAUUCCAUAAAAAAUGCUUUAUCUGGAUUACCCGGCAUUUCGAAAGUAAAUAUUAGUUUAGCAAAUGAAGAAGCGACAAUUUCUUAUAAUUCAAUUAAGUUAGCGAAAUCAACAAUUAUUGAAACGAUUGAAAAUUGUGGAUAUGAUGUUGCAAAACAUAAUAUCGUUACUUUGCCUGUUAAAGGAAUGACUUGUAAUAGCUGUGUUAAUAGUCUUAACAUGGUAUUGAAACCUACUGACGGUAUUAUUAGCGUCGACGUUUCUUUAGAAGACGAGAAAGUUAGAGUGGAAUAUGACACGGGAAAAAUAACUGUAGAUCAAAUUAUCGAAGCUAUCGAAAAUUGUGGUUACGAUGUACCAAAUUCCUCAUCAUUUAUUCCUAAUACUGCUACUUCAAAACGAGAUCAAUCUUUUACAAGUAUUUCUUCACCACGAAAUCUAGAAAAUUAUAACGCAUCUACGUUAGUAUCGGUUAACACACAUGAAUUUGAACCUGAUAAAUUACGCGUUGCUAAAUUGUCGGUUCAUGGAAUGACAUGCGCAUCUUGCGUACAUAGCAUAGAAACGGCCUUAAAAAGCGUGCCAGGAAUAAUCUCUGUUAAAAUCUCUUUACUGGUAGAAAGAGCUACCGUGGAAUAUUAUCCCGAUGUAGUUGAUGAACAAACAAUAACUAAUAAGAUAAACGAUCUUGGAUUUGAAGCCGCUCCAAUUCCGGUUCAACGUGAAGAUACAGUAGAAUUACGCAUUUAUGAUAUGAAGAUACCAUCAGAUGCUUUUUCGAUUGAACGAAAAUUAGAGAUUUUCCCGGGAAUAAUUUCUGCAUCAGUAAAUUUCGGUACAACCAUGGCCAAAAUUCAAUUUGAUAAGGAGGUUGUUGGUUUACGUGAUAUCGUUUAUAAAAUUGAAGAAUUUGGUUUUAACGCUUCACUUAACAAUAAUAAUUAUAAUGCCCAAUUAGAAUCUUUAUCGCGUAUAAAAGAAAUCCAUGAAUGGCGUAAAUCAUUUUAUUGGUCUUUAGCAUUUGCUAUUCCUGUUUUCUUAAUUUACAUGGUUUUACCUAAAUUUUCUUUUGGAAGCAGAUUUAUUGAUUAUGAGUUAUAUCCUGGACUUUAUAGUGGUGACUUGAUUAGUUUAAUUCUUACAAUUCCUGUACAAUUUGGUAUCGGUAAAAGAUUUUAUAUCGUCUCUUAUAAGGCACUUAAGCAUAAGACCGCUACGAUGGAUGUCUUGGUGGUUAUAGGUACUUCCGCUGCAUUUUUUCUUUUCUUGUUUCGUGAUGGCAUACAUCAUCUUCAUUGA